CGUUAUCAGUGUCUAAAGGGUGUAGGCGUCAUACUAGAAUGGCUGCAUAUUUCUUCGGAAAGGCGCUCCCACGGGGGGCUGUUACAUUCACCAAAGAUCCUAUAGCGGAUAUAGGAUCUUUGACAUUCACUACAGAAGUUACUGGGUUAAAAAAAAGGGGCGGGCGCCAUAACUGGUUUGGUUUCAGUUCAUUCAUAAACAAAGCUGUAGUAACGCAGCCUCAUUCCGAUUGGUUACACUCUCCAGCAACCAUUAGAUGUUGGAACGUUGAAGUAUUAACGUUCGGGAACGUGCUAUGUCCGUCCAUUGCGACGUCAUUAUCAAUGUAUCGAAUUGUUACAACAUAUCAAAAACUGCUACACUUAUAUUUCAGAUCCAGUUCUCAUUUGAAGAUGACUACUUAUCAGCUGUGGGAUCUAUGGUCUCCCUUUGAUGAAAGUUUCAAGUUGGUCGGAUACAGUGCGCCUGCUCCUGGGAAACUGGAUGGAGCAGAAGCGAUUCAGGUGGCCUCGCCAUCAGACCAGGAGGUGGCCCUCUACCUGCAAGACAACGUCAUAACCAAUGAUUGGAACCUCUUGGGCCUUCUCGCGGAUGCGGGAAACAUCAGUCCUGAUAUGCUGUGUUACUCUUGUGAAAACGAGCAGAACACCACCACGGUCGUGUAUAAACCCGAACCCGUCAAACUCAGCUCCGUGGAUUCGGUGUUUGGAUCACCCAUCACCACCGGUGCACCAAAACUGGCGCGGGGCUUCCAAACUUCUGAAGGAUCAGCCUUCACUGAGAUCGCCAAUGUUGGUUCCCAAACACCCACUGUAACCACACAAUAUAAAAUUAAUGUAAUUGUGAUGAUUUACAGGCAAUUCCUAAGGGUUGUCACCUUGAUUUAUACAGCCUAUCAGAAGUGCUUUUACAUCUUACAGCAUCCAAUUUAAGGCUGGCUUCCCGAGCGUAUAUUAAGUUUAACAGCACAAUUGUUUUAAAUUUCCAAAGUUUCUCACUUCUGAUCCCAUCAGUUAGAGAAGAGAACACACUGGCGUUUCACCACAGCUGUAUCUUUCCUUAUAGGUAUGAGUUCAUGUGACAUAAUCUUUCUGACAAUAGGGUCUCCACACUAAAGACCUGCAGUGGGCAGGCAUGGUUUGAUACGUUCACUAUUAUUGCUGUUUUUGUUCAGGGAAAAACUUGGUUGCGGUGAUCAUACAAAAAAUAAAGAUUCUUGGCCUAAAACAAGCUCACAUGUUUUUUCUAGUCCCAUCUUUGCACAAGACAAACCCGACUGGCAUAAAAUUCAAUUAAUUAUGAUGUAAUAAAAAUUAAGUUUAAGAGGCAAUAUUUUCAGAAUAGUAAAAAUAAAACAAUUUUUUGUUACUUAAGCUUCUGGCCAUUUUUGGAUUGUAAAAUAUUAUUUCAUGAUACUGAGGUUCAUCCACAGCUGAAAGGAAAGCAUUAACUUUCUGUUUCCGUCACAUUGUCUUUCUCCACUGUGCAGUCACCGGGUUUGAAAGGGGUGUCAUGCAAUGAGAAGAUGCUGCAUUAUGCUUUUCAACUAUUCAAAGCCUGCCUUCUACACCGAAAGAAAGAAACUGUAAAUUGGAAUUUCAUGUUCUUUCCCCUUCACAGUUCACAAUGCAACAAAGUCCAAAGGGCAGUGCACCGACAGAGUAGCUUUGAUAAUAGAGACAGUGAGACUACAGAUGCUGGAAACUUGAGCUAAAAAAAACAAAAAAACCCGCAAACUGCUGUAGGAAUUCAGUGGGCCAUGCAGCAUCUGUGAAGGGAAAUUAUCAGAUGCAUCACGGGUUGGGAAGAUCAGUCUGGAGAAGGGUCUCAACCCAAUGCAUCGUCUGUAGUUUCGAUGCAGAUGAGUUAUGGGUAAAUAGAAUGUGCAUCCAUACAGAUGCCCUUAUUAUGGAUAAUACAACUUGAUUUUGGAGGAAUACUAAGCAUUGGUCCACUCAUAAGUUUAGUAGAUUCCUUCACCCGUUUUGGAAGUUCUGUAAUUAAGCUCCAUCUUAAAGCAUUCAUUGCUUUAUUUUUGCCUUUCAGUGAAAAUGGAGAAC